GAAUACCAGCCUCCACCGCAGCGACGAAGUUUGACACCUUUCGCACACCGUAGGGUUAGUUUGUCUACGUCAGUGCGCAUGCGUGUAUUUACUCCGCUGUCAUCAGCGUUCAUUUCACAGAAGGGAGCAUCCAGGCUGGACUCAUGGACAGCAGUGAGGGUCCAGCCCAGAGGCCUGUUACUCUGGACAUCGAUGGAGCAGAUGAGAUGCUAGAGGCCUCCGUCCCGUCCCAGAACGACCCGACAGAAGAAUCCUCCCAAGAGGAGAGCAUCGACCUGGACGCCGAAGCGUUCGUUUCACCACAGGAUGACAGCUGUCACUCUGAGAGCCCAAUGGACAAGCUGAAUGACCAGAUGAUGGAGAGCGUGAUGAUUUCUGACUCCCCGAAUAGCGAGGAAGAGGACGUGGUUCCCAUCGACUUGAUUUUGGAGCAGAAUGAAAAUGAGGAGGCCAAAACACCUGACAGAGAUACAGAAGGAAGAAACGAAGAGGUAAGCACAGCCAGCGCUGCUGAACCUGACGAUGCAUCUGAGGCUUUAUGCAAAGAAGAGAACGAGGAGGAGAAGAUUGUGCAGGUGGAUGACAAAAGGGAAACUGUUGCACCAGACGACCUGAAACCACAGGCUCCCAAAACUCAGGAGACAGCGCUUGAGAUGGAUACGGAUACAACCCCCAAAGACGAGGACGUCCCGGUGUGUACCAUCUUCAGCCAAGGUGUGCAACCCAAAGCACAAGCUCUGAUUCCCGACGGCUUUCAGCCCACGCUGGUAAAAUCUCCAAGUUUUACCAUUGGCAACACAGAAACCCCCAACAGACUGGUCCCUCAGGUGUGCCAGCCGAGCCCCAGCCUCAGCAAGUUCUUCACGGAUAGCAGCGCGGUCAACCCCGCCUCAGACUUCUUCGAUUCUUUUACAACGUCCACGUCUUUCAUAUCAAUCAGCAACCCAAACGCAGAGUCGCCCAAGACAGCCGCCCCUCCUGAGUCUCCUCUCUUAUCUGCUCCCACCGCGGCAGGCACAUACUUCACCCCCGUCGCUUCCAAACCUCAAGUCAGUCCCGUAGAGCCCAUGAACAAGCUCCAGGCUGUGUUCCCGAGUGGAGACGACCCCUUCGGAAGCGCUCUGAUCACCAGUGAUCUGGAUAAGCGCUAUGACGCAUGGCUUCCCUCAGAAGACACCAGGAGAGUGCUGAUAUCGGUGGCCACACAGCAGAUCAGUCCUGUCCAGAUAGACAUAGAGCAGCUGGCCAUGCCUGGACUCAAGUUUGACAACCUGCAGGGCGAUGCGGUGAAAGAUCUCAUGCAGCGUUUCUUGGGCGACCAGGCAGCUAUGAAGAGACAGGUGCUCUCGGCCAACUCAGUGGAGCAGAACUUCCUCGGUCUCAAGCGGCUGAUAAGCACUAAGAACUGGAGGGCGGCUGUGGAGCUGACGGGCAGACUGCUGACGGCUCAUGGUCAGGGCUAUGGCAAGAGCGGCCAGCCCACCAACCACACCACUGACUCCCUGCAGCUGUGGUUUGUGCGUCUCUCUCUUCUGGUGAAGCUCAACCUUUUCCAGAAUGCAGAGCUGGAGUUUGAGCCCUUCGGGAAUCUCGAUCAUCCAAAUCUCUACUACGAAUAUUAUCAUACUGUUUACCCUGGAAGAAGAGGCUCGAUGGUGCCCUUCUCCAUGCGUGUUCUGCACGCCGAGCUCCCUCAGUACAUGCUGAAGCCUCAGGAAACUCUGGACCGUCUCCACAGAAUAAAGAACGUCUGUCAGAAGAUCCUGAGUAACCUGCAGGAGGGUUUAGCUGAGGACGGGAGUAUGAUGAACCUCACGCAGGACAACAGACUUGCCUCCAUCCAGCUGUGGAGGUCACGUCUGAGCAGAGUGAUGUACUCCAUGGCCAACUGUCUGCUAAUGAUGAAGGACUUUGUGCUGGCAGUGGAGACGUAUCAAUCCAUCAUCGAGUACGAGCCGGAGCAAAGAGUGCAACUGCUGAGUGGAAUGGGCCGCAUUUUCCUACAGAUUGGAGACAUCAGAACUGCUGAGAAGUAUUUUCAGGAUGUGGAGAAAGCCUGUCAAUCAAAGGGAAAAACACCUGAUGAAGACACCUCAGUGCUGAUGAACAGGGCUUUUGUUUAUCUGAGUCAGAAUAACUAUGCAGACGCGCACAUGUGUUUCUCCAGCGUCCUGAAACUCGAUCCCAAGAACCCAGUGGCAAACAACAAUGCAGCCGUGUGUCUGUUGUAUUUGGGAAGGCUGAAGGAGUCCCUGGGCCAGCUGGAGAGCCUGGUGCACAAAGACCCAGCGCUCUACCUGCACGAGAGCGUGCUGUUCAACCUCACCACCAUGUACGAGCUGGAGUCUUCGCGCAGCACACAGAAGAAACAGGCUCUGCUGGAGGCCACCGCCUGUAGAGAGGGAGACAGCUUCAACGUCCAGUGUCUCAAGCUAGUAUGAGACAACACAGUCCAACACGCAGGACACUACCGGAUGAACGAGUGAAAAUACUGUUCUGCUUUUGGAGCUUUUACAAGUUCACAUAUGUUGUGCUUACCAUGUACAGACAGGACCAAAGUUAACAUGAUAACUCAAUGAUAUUUGCGCCACACAGAGCAGAAAAAGGGUUAAAAUUACAUGCGUUUCAAGAAUCAAGAGAAAUGCUUUUAAAUGCAUUAAGUGAUUGUUUUCAAAGAGUCUAAGCUAAUUAUAACUGUACUGUGUAUUUCUGAAGAUGAAAAAAGGAAAUCUUGUUAAUAAAUGUGUUAAAACCUGA